AUGGGGGACGCGUGUCAAGCGUGUCUUACUAGGGUACCUCAUGCCACACUCAUAGCUACAAUAAUGUGUUGUUUGGGCGUGGGAGUAUUUUGUGGUACCAUGUAUCGUGGAUCUGCCCUUUCAAUUUUGAUGUUUGAUGAAGUGUUUCACUUUCGAUUAAUAUGGAUAGAAGCUCUUCAAAUGAUUUUCAUUGUUGGCAGUGCUUGUAUGGCAGCAUUAGGUUUUAUGUUGCUAUGCUUAGGCUGCCUUACAACAGGUGCUACUAGACAAAAGGUUUACAGAGCAUGGAGGGCUCGAGUCGGAGGACGGAUAUCUUGCGCAGUUUUUAUGAUUAUUACAUAUGUAUUAACUUUUGUUUGGCUGAUACUCCUAGGAUUUUUAGUUAUAACGACAUUUUUAUUUACCAUAUUUUGGAAACUCUGCUCGAAGCCAAAAAAUAUUGAUCUAUCGACUUGCAUUGAUUUUACUCAAUUUGACUUUAUGUUUCCAUCUUCUGUGAGGCAAGAGGACAUGAGGAUAUGCGAAGCACACAAAGUCAAAUUAUUUUGCAAAGACUAUGUUGAGAAAGCAGAAUUUAUGUUUAUUUUGGCUAUGGUGUCCUGCUUGCUUGUUAUAUUGAGUCUUGUGCAUUAUUUGAUGUGCUUAUCAGCAAAUUACGCACAUAUUCGAGACCAUGAGAAAUUCCAGGAGUUGCAGGAGCUGCAAUACUUGACCAACCCUGAUCUUCAUGCAUCUAAGGAUAGAUUC